AUGAUUUUAUCAAACAUAAAUUCUCAAGCUAAAGUUUCGAGCGGAACUACUAUUACGCAAAAAAAAUACAAGGUCACAGAAGAUUAUAUGAAUGAAUCACAUAUUACUUCAGGAUACGUCAAAGACGAAACCAGAGAAAAUUCACACACACAAACCAACAUCAAAUUAAUAAAUAACGAAAUUACACCAAUGAUUAGACACAAACGAAAAAAUAGUCGCUUAUUAAAUAAUAGUCGAACAGAAGAUGAAGAAGAAGGACUUGGGGCACCUAUCAAUAUUUAUCGAGAACACAGAGGUCAUUUAGAGCAAGAUAAAAAAGCUCGCACAGAAUUAGAUAUUCAAAUACUUAAAGAUGAUCUCUAUGAUCCAGUAUUGGAAAUUCCACAUCAUUCAAAUAAAAAACACAACUCAUCAAGAAAUACAUCCAUCGGAAAUUUGAUUUCUUUCUUACCAUCAAAAUUUUUUGGUGGUUAUAGUGGAAUUAUCACAGAAAGCGGACGAACUGAUGUAUGGUGUUAUUAUCCUAAUGACAUGUUUACAUCAGGAGUAACGAUAGAUGGGGUUAAAGGUGAAUUUUUAAAAAUAGCAUACGUUAAAUCUCUAGGAUUACUGGAUCAUGAAAAAGAAGAGAUCGCUCGC